UUUCACCAUAUUCACUGUCCCAUUUCCUUGGAACGUUGCAGUUUGCGAUGGCUGCUUUUCGCAGCUUUGAAUACGGGCGGGACAUUUCAUUGCUUAAAAGCGCACUUCGUUUUGCGGAGCGCAUUCUUCAACAGGAGGAUGCAAGCCAGUCUUUGUUUUCAUCUGACCACAGGCACUCAAGAACGGCAGCAGUGACUGUGUCAAAUAAGAUACAAAAUGCCGGCAGUGCUGGACUUGAAUCAGCUGUUACCAAUUCAAGGCUGCAUACUGCAAUUUUUGUAAAUGUGCUUCUGGCCAAUGACUGUAUAGGAGAGGCUGAACUGGAGUAUUUUGAGUCUGUGCUCGAUGACUUCCCACGUAUUGGAUGGCACUUCUUUUCGGAACUUGUGUCAGCAUGUGGCUGGAGAGAGUACUUUAUUCAGAAUCUGAAAACACUUUCUCCAAGAAUUAGGCAUAGAGUGCUUGAAGCAGUCCAUGACAUUUCUAAGACCUUGCCUUACAUUUGGAGCUGCACAGUGUCUGCAUUAACAUGGUCAUUGUGUAUUUCACCUAUAAAGGGAAUUAGCACCAGCCAAGAUGAAGUACUUUCUGCUCUUUCCAAUCUACAGGCAUUGCCUUCAUCAAAUGAAGCUUCACCAACAGGAGAAUGCCUUCUUGAAGACAGUGUUCAAUUCCUUGUACAACUGUCAGGGAAUUGCAGCUCGUCUGAUAUGAAAAUGAUGGAUUGGGCUUUGUCACUUGUUAACGUCAUCCUUGAUUUUUUGCAAAGCGUCUUUGAACCAACAGAGUUCAGCCUUUUGAACCCUAAUCUCUGGCUUACAAACUUUGUCAACACAGAAGAAAAGGCAGAACAUGAUUUCUACUUAACUUCGCUGUGCUGCUUCCGUGUAUUAAAUGACCUUGCAUGGCCAGAUGUUUGCCAGCUACUGAGCCAUGCUGAUUGCUUGCUUUUUGCGGAAGUUAAAAAGGCCCUUGUGGUCUUUGGAGAGAUGUUGGCUCAAGAACAGAGCAUUAGGCAUUCUCUUUGUCUGACCCAUGAUUUUUGUGCUUCUAGUUUGAUUGAUGGAAAUGAAAGGAACGCUUCAUUUAAAGUUUGGGCGCAUGAAGACCUGUGGCACUUGAUCAGAAAGAUGCAGUGCUUUCUCAACUCACUUGAAACUGUGAAGAAACAUUGUGGAGCACAGAGCCCUCUUCUAGCUGGUUUGAAGGAUUUUGUCAAGAAGUGGGAUCAUGAAGGAGUUGACUUAACUGUUUAUGGUAAAGAGACUCAAAUUAGUGCCAUUGAAAGCAUUCUCAAGGAAGGAACUAUUCCACCUACUCCAGCGUUCAUAAUUUGGAUUGUAAGCCAUGAAUCGCUUCUGACACAUCAGUGGAUCUGUGAUAUACUGAAUGACCAUUUGAACCUGUUAAGUCAUCCAGAACUUUUUCAUCGCCUGUGCCGAGCCGCUUUGUGCAGUGAUGCAAACACAUGCAUAAAAAAGCUGGUGCUCAAGAUGUGCAGUGCAUCACCACCGAAGUUGCAAGAGGCUAUGUUGUUUUAUGUAUUUAGCUCCAAGAGCUUCAGUGAUGACUCUUUGCCUUUGAAGCUGACAGACUUUGAAAGCCUGCUUACUGAGAAACUGAACCUUAUCUCUGAUACUGACUUGAGAAUGGAUUCUGAGGACAGAGCAAAGGUGUUCAGUGAAUUUGCAAGCCUGUGCAUGCAGUCUCCCACAGAAGUCAUUGAAGCAGUUGUUGACAUGGCUGUUACUGAUGGGUGCACAACUGCUGUUGCACAGCUCCUCAUGCACCUUGGAGUUGUUUGCCACUAUAAAAAACAGUGGUACGAUGGGCAAGACCUCCUUGGAAGCAUUGUUCUAGAUACAUUUCAAAGGCUUCGCAGUGAAACAUCAAAGCACCAGGACAACUUUACGUGCUUAAUCAAAGAACUUGUUGGGCACAGUGAUGUCUUGAAUUGUGACUGGUUCCUGACCCAAAUUGUCUACUGUGUUGACUUGGCUGGUGCUGGGGGUCGACAUUUUGACAGCUUCUUUCCUCUUCAAGUCACCAUGGCCAUUGCACCAAAUAUUUCUACGCACUAUGUUGUUCCCAUGGCUCGGAUAUUGCUUCAGAUGUUGGAUGAGGCCUGUAUUGAACUCAAUGGAGCAAGAAAACAGAAAGUGCUUCAUUUCUUGCAUGCAUACCUAAGUUUAGAUAUAUGUACUUCCCAAGCAGAUGUGCUGUGCAAUAGCAACCUAAGUCAUGCAGCAAUAAAAUGCCUUCUCAAGAAAAAGUGCAUUGUUCAUGAAGCCUUUGGUGUGCCCAUUCAACGAGAGGAAUUGGUGCUGUUAGAUGCGAAAAAAUGGAGAAACGAGUGCCAGAAAGUUGCCUCUCAGUUUCCCGAGUGUUCUCUUACUGAGCUGUUGAUGCCACACUUCUGUCUUUGGCUUGCAGGGGCUACUUCAGAGGAAUGGGAGAUUUUAUCAGCUCAGCUCAGGAGAGCACUGGAUAUUGAUGCAGGCCAUAGUGUGUCUGCUGCCAUUUUUAUCCAGGAACUUGUGAUGUGCCUCAUUGGUUGCAAGAGUUAUGUUGCCGUAGGGAACUGGAGCUACCUGUUCACAUGCUUUGCUAAUACUGUCAUGGAGUGCCUGAAGAGGACGAAGGAGCUCUCAGAGGAAGAUCUACGUGAAAUUCUUCUGGCACUGGUAUUUGCCCUGUCAAGUCUGCCGAGUCGGUGUCUGAAGCAGGAGCUAUUGCUACUUGUUGAUGUCACCCAGUGGAUGAAAACUUCAGUUCUUGGAGGGGAGUUGGCUAAAUUAUUUGGGGAGGCCCUUGCGACACAUUGCUAUCACAGCGACUUUGUGUCAGGACUUGUGAAAACAUCGGUGCACAAGCUGCUUGCACACAAAGCCAACCAGUCAUAAUGGUGCUUCAGCAGCAUUUUGUGUCUUGUAAUGAAUUUCUCCAGUGUUUGCAUUUGUGUAUAAGUUAAGCCUUGCUAUAAAUUAAAGUUAACAUGAA